GAUGCUCAAAGAUCAGAUGAAGGAUUUGUUUUGGCUUUUGUUGCUUCUGGGUUUUGCUUUCUUGAUUAACAGUCAAGAAGAUGAUGAAGAUGCUCUUAGAUUGUUAUCUUUCAAGAAAUCUUCAGUUGAUUCUGAUCCAAAUGGGUCUUUAUCAAAUUGGAUACCGUCAUCAUCAGCUUCCGGUCCAUGUUCAUGGCGAGGGGUCGUUUGUUCGAAAGACAACCGUGUCACCGGCGUUAAUCUUACCAAUAUGUAUCUCGCCGGACACCUUAACCUUUCUGAUCUUAUGGGUAUCUCCACUCUUAUUGAUAUCUCUUUCUCCGGCAACUAUUUCUCCGGCAACCUUUCUUUUUCGUCUCCGGCGUGUCCCUUUCACAAUCUUGAUUUAUCAAGAAAUAACUUCUCUGAAAAUCUAGAUGUUCAACCUUUAUUUCUCACAUGUAACGAUCUUCUUUCCUUAAGUUUGUCAAAAAACAAACUUUCUGAUUCCUCUCUGUUGUCUGUUUCUCUCGGUAACUGCCAGAAUAUGAUCAUGCUCAAUUUCUCCGGCAACAAGUUGACCGGAUAUCUUCCAAGCUCUCUCUCUUCUUGCAAGUAUCUUACAUCUCUAGACCUCUCCAACAACCGGCUUUCCGGCGAUAUACCCACCGGUUUUCUACCACACACACUUAAGUUUCUUGAUCUUUCCGGCAACAACUUCACCGGAAAAUUCCAAAAUCUUGAGUUCGGGACUUGCCAGAAUCUUACAAUGAUCAAUCUGUCGAGAAAUGACUUUUCAGGAACUGGGUUUCCAGUGAGUUUGACAAAUUGCCAACUUCUAGAGAGAUUGGAUAUCAGCCAUAAUGGUUUGCAUAUGAGAAUUCCAGGGAUCAUGUUGGGUGGUUUCAAAAACUUGAAAAGUUUAUCUUUAGCUUACAAUCAGUUUUUUGGACAGAUUCCAUCAGAAGCUGGAAAUGCUUGUAACACCCUUGAAGAGCUUGAUCUUUCCGGCAACCAAUUAACCGACCAGCUUCCGACAACAUUCCGAUCGUGUUCUUCGCUCUUCAGUCUCAAUCUCGGUCACAAUUACAUGUCGGGUGACUUCUUAAGCACGGUUGUAAGUUCGUUAUCCAGUUUGAAGUAUCUUUCUGUGUCGUUUAACAACAUCACUGGGAAUUUGCCGAUGUCGUUAGCGAAUUGUAGUCAGCUUCGAGUUCUCGACUUGAGUUCGAAUGACUUUACGGGAAACAUACCUCCCGACUUCUGUUCUUCGAGCUCGCCCUUCUCUUCGCUCGAGAAGUUGCUUUUGGCUAAUAAUUAUCUAUCAGGAUCGGUACCGAAUAAUCUUGGAAGCUGCAAAAGUUUGCAAACAAUUGAUGUUAGUUUCAAUAGUCUUACUGGUGCCAUUCCUUCAGAAAUAUGGAAUCUCCCACAGAUUUCUGAUGUGGUAAUGUGGGCUAAUAACCUCACUGGUGAAAUCCCAGAAGGGAUUUGUGUUAAAGGAGGAAAUCUUCAAACUUUGAUCCUUAAUAACAACCUUAUUACAGGAACGAUCCCGACGUCGAUCGCCAGCUGCACGAAUUUGAUAUGGGUUUCGCUUUCUAACAACAAGCUUAGAGGGCAAAUCCCGAAGGGCAUCGGGAAUCUUGUCAAUCUUGCUAUUCUUCAAUUGGGGAAUAAUUCGCUUACGGGUGGUGUUCCAUUAGGUCUUGGCAAGUGUAGGAGCCUCAUUUGGCUUGAUUUGAAUAGCAAUUCGUUGGACGGAUCUCUCCCGAAGGAGCUUGCGGAUUCCGCUGGGCUUGUUUUCCCGGGACCAGUAUCGGGAAAGCAGUUCGCUUUCGUGAGGAAUGAGGGCGGGACAGCGUGCAGAUUUGCUGGAGGGCUGGUUGAGUUCGAAGGAAUACGGAAAGAAAGACUCGAAGGGUUCUUGAAUUAUCACUUUUGUCCAUCGACCCGAAUCUAUUCGGGUUUGACAAUGUAUACAUAUGAGAGUAAUGGCAGCAUGAUCUACCUUGAUCUUUCCUACAAUUUCUUGACAGGAAGUAUUCCUGAAAGUUAUGGUUCCUUGAGCUUCUUGCAAGUUUUGAAUUUGGGAUACAAUAAUCUUAGUGGUGAUAUUCCAUUCAGUCUUGGUAACUUAAAAACUGCUUUGCUUCUUGAUCUCUCACAUAAUUCUUUACAAGGAUUCAUCCCGGGAUCGUUAGGGGUUCUCUCGUUUCUCAACGACUUCGAUGUGUCGAACAACAAUCUCACCGGCCCGAUCCCUUCAGGCGGGCAGCUCACGACUUUUCCGGCAUCCAAAUACGAGAACAAUACAGGCCUCUGCGGGCUGCCAUUGGAUCCAUGCGGGUCGGGAAACGGACGUGCCGGUCCUAAACAUAGAGGGAAGACGACGAAUUCUAUGGCUACCGGAGUUGUUGUCGGGAUAUUGGUAUCUCUUCUCUGUAUCAUUAUCCUCACAUUCUUUCUUUUCAGGAUGAAGAGGUAUCAAAAGAAGGUGGAAACUCGAGAUAAGUAUAUCGAUAGCCUCUCGACGUCCGGAAGCAGCAGCUGGAAAUUAUCGGGUGUUCCCGAGCCUCUAAGCAUUAACAUUGCCACCUUUGAGAAACCGCUGAGAAAGUUAACUUUUGGGCAUUUGCUCGAAGCUACAAACGGAUUCAGUGCCGACACCUUGAUCGGUUCCGGAGGAUUCGGUGAUGUUUACAAGGCACAGUUGAAAGACGGGAGUGUUGUCGCGAUCAAGAAGCUUAUCCAUGUUACCAGUCAGGGAGAUAGAGAAUUCAUGGCGGAAAUGGAAACCAUCGGCAAGAUCAAGCAUCGUAACCUAGUGCCUUUGUUGGGGUACUGUAAAAUCGGAGAGGAAAGACUACUGGUUUACGAGUACAUGAAAUGGGGAAGUUUGGAGGCGGUUCUCCAUGAUCGAGUCAAAGGCGGCGGAUGUGUUCCAAGACUUGAUUGGGCAUCAAGAAAGAAGAUAGCCAUCGGAUCAGCUCGAGGGCUGGCGUUUCUUCAUCAUAGCUGUAUACCGCACAUCAUCCACCGUGAUAUGAAGUCCAGCAAUGUCCUUCUUGACGAGGAUUUCGAAGCCAGAGUCUCGGAUUUCGGAAUGGCAAGACUCGUAAAUGCCCUCGAUACUCAUCUCAGUGUGAGUACACUUGCCGGAACUCCGGGUUAUGUUCCACCAGAAUACUACCAGAGUUUCAGGUGCACAGCAAAAGGAGAUGUCUAUAGCUUUGGGGUUGUACUAUUGGAACUUCUAUCCGGGAAAAAGCCGAUAGAUACCUUGGAAUUCGGAGAUGAUAACAAUCUUGUUGGAUGGGCAAAGCAGCUGCAAAGAGAAAGAAGAAUGCAUGAUAUACUGGAUCCUGAAUUGUUGUUAUCAGAUAAAUCGUGUGAACCUGAACUGUUCCAUUGUUUAAAAAUCUCGUUUCAGUGUGUCGAUGACAAGUCAUGGAGGAGGCCAACGAUGAUUCAAAUAAUGGCGAUGUUCAAAGAGCUGCAGGAAGAUUCAGGGAGCGAUAUUCUUGACGGGAUGUCGAUGAAAAGUUCGGUAAUCGAUGAAUCUCAAGAGAAAGAGCCUCUGGGUGAUCACAGUUGACCUUUUUCUAUUAAGAUCGUUGAAAGUUUCAUUUGGUUUACAAGCCCCGCAAGAACAAGAGCUUAUUUCCUAUCGAUUUCCUGCUGUAUAUAUCAGAAUACCAGACGCACGUGGGAGAAUGGAGAUCGCCAAUGUCAAGAUCGAAGGCCGUAUUAUUUUCCAUGGGCCAUUUUACUCAACAUUUGGAAUAUGUGUUAUCUGUUUUCUGUCAAAAUUUUGGUAAUUCAUGAAAUGUUGCAAUUUGUCCUUUGUAGUUGUUAUGUGAAUAUUGACGUCUGGGAUGUUUAAGAAUUCAAUGAGAGCGUUUCUCAGAAUG